GUUUAUGUUAUGCGUGGAUAGUUGCAGAGAUUCCCCCCUUCCCCCGCCUUCUGAUCAGCAAUUUCUUCUUGUCUGGACUGUGAGAAUCUCUAUCCCGUUGCUUUGUGGUUGUUUUCUCCUGGAGAAUGUCGAUUGUCAUCUAGCCUCCGACGGCGGUGUCCCCUCUUCCUUCUCCUUCAAUGAGACGCGACGGGCGACCCUGUUGAGAGUCGCCCCUCCAUGGCCUGCAGCUCCCUCCAUACCUCGAUAUGUCCUCUAGCACUUCGAGCUCCUCCCCGGACAUUCUUGGGCCAGCUGGCGACAGUGAUUAUCUAAUUUCCUCGCCGUUCAAACCAUUUACCGGUCGCCAAAGCUUCAUGUCGCCCGCUGACUUCAACCUCCUCCAGAGUGCGCGGACGGCAAAACGGCAAAAACGGUCGCGGCUCAACCUCACACCGGGCGCCCAUUCUUUCGAAUUCAACGAUGUUGUUCUUCCCGCCUCACCAAACCUGAAGCUGAAUGGAAAACAAAAAGUCCCGUCUCCAGACAAAGUCCAACCCGAUGGGAAUGUCAGCCCCUGGAGGAUUCGUGUGACUCUGGAAGCCACCCAAGAUCAAGAGAACAGGAAUGAUUACGACAGUCCGACGCGAAACCGAUUCAAACCAUCGACCAUGAUCACAAAGAUACCGCUCAAAGACGAGUCCGAGCAGACCCCCCGAAGGCGCAGAGGCCGUCCGAGGAAGUCCGAUACACUAUUGUUCGAUGCGAUUCCGGCCGCAGGCAGCCCUGGUCAUACCCCCGGUCCGGCUGGGUCCGCGCAGAAGCGAAAGCGCGGUCGACCCAGGAAGACUCCACUGAAGGUACCUGCGGUGAUGCGCGAAGAACGGGAUAUGGGCACACUAGACAUCGAUAUGGAUACUCCCACCGCUGGAUCUCAAUCGCGAUGGAGCCCUUUGAACCUCGCUGGGGAUGCGGGGUCGGAUGAUGGUGAUGAUGAAUCGCCUAGGGACGAAGAGAUGUUCGAUGUGUUUGACGACGAACUCCCACCCGAACAGCCUGCGGUGGCCCCUCACGAGAGCACCACUCCGCGAGUGACAUUCGAACCCACUUACGACACCCCAAACGUUGACAACAUAGACAACGAGGAAUACAACUUGAACUCUACCCCAUCUAAGAUGCCAUCUCCGGCUCGCGAAGCACAGUCGAGCUCUUCCAAAAGCACUUUACAUGCAGGUCAUACCCCCAGACCACCCCGCCUAUAUCCCACCCCGACGGCCUCUUCACCGAUCGCGGAGGAGGAAAUGGGCGCGCAAUUCCGAAGGCCCAAUGUGCCCAGCAGCAACCGCCGUACCAGUAGAGCAAACGGCAUGAAUGAUCCGACGGACGAGCAUAGAGAGUUCGACUCGAUCAUGGAAAGUGAAGGAUUCAGUAUGGUCUCACUAGACACUCUUCCAUCAGUCAAACAACAUGGCAUCGGCGGUGAUACCAAUCAAAAAGUCGCCAAAAAUGCUCUCAGACCUUUCCUCAAGCGAGAAUCCAAUGGCGUCCUCAGGCAAAAAACAUCGAUCAUUCCCGAAAGUCAUGGUGGCAACAGUUCCAUACCCCAUGCAGAACAUGAAACGAGUCUCGCGGAACAGGUAACAGAGUACCCUCGCAUGCGCUCUGCCGAAUUUGAUAUUUCAGUGCACCGCGCAUCAGCCGAUAGAGCUGCUUCGACAAGAAGCAUGCGCUCUUCCCCUGCCAUCUCGACAUUACCUCCAGUUCGACCUGAACGAAGGCCCUUACUUCGACUCAUCCGCAUUGUGCGAGCGGGUAUCGCCCUACAGGGUCCUCUCACAGAAUCAGACGAGCCGCAAACCUCGCGGGACUUUGACUCCGCGUUAAGCGCCAAACGACAACGUUUACAGCAUCUUUUCCAAGAUUUGGACCCUCGUUCCCAGCAAGAACUGCAGGCAGGCUUGGCCUUUGGACACCAACUUGCGAAGCGAAGACAAGUGGAUGUAGAACGACAUCAACAGUCGGUAGCCGCAGAUGCCAAGGCAACUGGGAGAGCUAUAUCCCGAAGCAGAGAGGCGAGUAAUUCUAUGUCACCUCAGCACUUGCCGAGUGGGGCAGACUUCUAUGAUACUCCUGGCUCCGUUAUGCGGCGACGGAUGGAUGAGUGGCAGCGCGAGAGAGAAGCCAUCAGUCGGGAAAUUCAAAUGGCGAAUUCUAGUCAAGUCAUUGUGAUCGACAGCGACAGGGAUGAUCAGUCGGAUAUCGCAGCCGACAACGAGGGUCACUGGAAUGAAGUGGAAAAUCUUGACAGUGAGUCCGAAGCCGCACCAAACCAGGAUGCCUACGUGGAGACAGAGCAAGCGAGCGAGGCAGAUGACGACGAGGGCUACGAAGACAUUUGGCAGCAGGAGGCAAUGGAGCAAGGCCACCAAUCAGAUCGCUUGUCUGUCUCUGACAAUGAUGACAAUGACCUGCAUCCUAGACAGGGUGAGUCUAGCCCAUGGAAAACCGGCUGGACCCCCGCGCGAAGUCAGAUGGGUCAACAAUACUCUCCGGCUCAUUGGACAAAGGAGCACGAAAAGGUGCCAUUCCUGGGUCGUUCACGAGUUAAGCAACUACAGGAAGAAGAAGUUGACCUGACAAACUUGUACCGCGGGGAUCCUAGCCCGAAGCGUCGCCGCUAUUACUAUGGGGAAAGUAGUCCUGCGAGCGUUGCGAUUCAAUCACCCUCAGAAGGUAGCUCACCAUCGAACCAAGCAUUCGAGAGGCAAGACUCUCACGAACAUGCGUCCGACGAUGAUCGGCUGUCCGAACAAAUGAUAGAGUUGGGCUCUCACAGUGACCUGGAAGACGAAACGUUUCAGAUCGAUCCCACUACUAGAUUAGAAUUGGCCAGACAGCAUGGCGAGCCAGAGAAUUUGAGAGACGACGUCGAAAAUAUUGCCGAUGCCGCUGUAGCCGAAGAACAAUUUGUUCCAGCUGCGACUGACAACACUCCCGAUCCUGCACGACAAGCCAGUCCGGAGAAUCAAGCAUCAUCCUGGUUCCAGAAGAUUACUAGCCUGACACCUGGAUGGCUCAAAGCGCCCAAGUCUCUCAAGCCACUUUCCCCAAGGGAAGAGAGCUCAGUCGUCUACGACGAUGAAGAAGUAGCCACGGCAAACCCAACACAUGUUCAUGGGGUGGCCGGCUCGGAUCGCUUGGAGGGUAACUCCUUAUCAUCGUCUCACUUGGCGAGGCCAAAUGAUGAGCAACAACGCUCCCUUGGCCGCGAAUCCUAUGAAUCGGAUGAGGAUGCGGGGGACCCUUUCUACGAGGAAGUAAGGCAGACGAGGCGCAAGCGACAAACCUCCCGUUUCUCCGGACACUUCUCCAACGAUCACUACCGGUCAUUGCAUAACCUAUAUCGCCUGGCCCAAAAACACCCUGAACGUUUCCCUUAUUACCCGACUUCUGGCCGCACGGAGAUCAUUGGAGAUUGGAUUUGGACUUCAGACGGGGUUUACGGAGUCCCAGUAACGGAGGUCCAGUUUGCAGUCAUUGACAGGUUCGCUCAGCAGGUCUCUCGAGAUGACAUCAAGGCCGGCGGUACAGGGCAGAUCACUUGGACGGAGGCCGAGUUGCAUAGAAGAUUGAUCAGCAUCAUUAUUGGCGAACAGGUCAGAAAGGAACGGCGAGCGAUGCGCUACAGGGAUCAUCCGGGGACAGGCAACCUUCGAGGCAGGGACACAGUUAAUGAGACGUGGCGCAGAUGAAGGUCCAGAGCUGCAGGUCGCUUGAUCACUGACGUGCAAAAGCCGACGUACUGAUUUCACGAAACUCAGACUCAGUCUCUGCUGGCACUUAAGCUAGCAUACGCUGCGAUGACUUCUAUUCUUGUUGCAUUCUAUCGGGUCGUUACGGAGUGGCAAAGCGGUGGUCGGUAACUUUUUAGGUUCUCAUUGGGUUGGCAGGUUUACUUUUUCGUCGUUGAUUUCUUUUUGUGCUGGUUUCUUGUAUAGCACGUACUCUGUACAUG